GGGAAGAGAGGGUCUGCCUCAAUGUCACAGCUUUAGCCUGUCGCUGCACCACAGAAGCGUCGCUAAGGGUACACAGGGACACCCUCCAACCCAGUUUAGGAAACUUUAGGAAACAGGAACAGGAAAAGGGGGGAAAAGUGCUGUGUCCAGGUGUCAGGUGCUUCCUGCUCUCAUGGUUUGUGCUGCCACAGCCUCACCUGAGAGUUGAGAGCCCUCGGACACCGCCGCCCAAUGGGCCUGUACCUGAACACCUGCCUGUGCCGGGCUCACCUGUGCAGGAGGACGGCCAGGCUCAGGUACCUCCUGGCCGUACUCAGAACCCUCCCCCGCCCGGCCAGGACCCCCCUCACCCCGUCCCGACACACCUGCAGCUGCGCCUGGCCUCUCCCUCCCCCACCCCCAACACUGACGGGACAGGCCCUGCCGAAACUGGAGCGGGUGAAAAGGGGGGGCUUUGGCUGGCUGGCGAGUUCUAACCCACGUGGGAACAUGCUCAGGGGGCAGCCGAAAUGUCUGCUCUGCCAGCACAUGCGUGCCGGUCGGGCCUACUCCAGCUCCAGCUCCGGAACCAGUUCCGGGUCCUACUCCAGCUCCAGCUCCGGUCCAGGGCCCGGGUCCAGCUCCAGUUCCAGCCGGGGGGGCUGGAAAGGGGACGCUCCCAUCGGGAUUCUGGAGGAGAGCAAGGCCGCCCUGCAGCUAGGCUACCUGGGCCAGCGGCUCGGACAGUCCUUCCAGUACCUGUCCAGGCACGUCAACGCCUACUUCGGUGGGCCGGACACGCCCGCUCAGGCCACGCCCACUUUGGCCCCCUACGAGAGGGCGGGGUUUGAGGGCGGGGAGGCGGGGCCUGUGAGGAGAGGGAAGAGGGGUUGGAGUCAGAGGCUGGCCAAUGAGAGGGCGGGGCCAGAGGGUGAGCUGGACGUCUCAGCCAAUCGGAUGGAGGAGACGCCCCCUGCCCAGGCCGGGGGAGGCCUUCAGCUGUUCCACAUCAGCGCGUUCACCGCCAGGCUGGGGGAGAGCUACAGCUACGUGGCCCGCCACAUAAACUCCGCCUUCUCCACGGCCGUCGCCCGGGAGACCCCGCCGCCCGGGACGGUCACAGACGAGAUGACGCCCACGAGGGUGCGGAGGAGGAAGAGGAGGACGGAGGUACGCAGCGGAGUGGGGGGCACUGGCGGAGGUUCUGACCGGGUCCAGGUUGCGGAAGCCGCUGGAGCAAAGCGGGACGCCACGCCCGUAAAGCCGGAGGACCCCGGAGUUUGGGACGAGGUCUACCUCCACCUCGCCCGUCGCGUCAACAGCUACUUCGGGGCCAAGGAGGCCGACGUGACCCGGGAACCGACGCGGGCGCGGGACCCGCCCGGGGCAAGGCUCCGCUCGGUCGCCACGGCAACUCGGGCGCCCCGCCCGGCGGGUUCGCCGACAGGCCCCGCCCUCGGGCUCAAGGGCCCGCCUCCAGCGGCCAAUCAGGAGGCGGAAGCCCUCCAGCACAGGUCCCCUGGCCUGUUCCACAUCAGUAGCCUGGCAACCAGCUUCGGGGAGAGCUACGCGCAAAUGGCGACCCACGUGAACCGCUACUUCAAAGGCCAGAGGGAGGGGGAGGAGGGGGAGGAGGAGGAGGAGGAAGAGGAGGAAGAGGAGGGGCUUCAGCAGGCUGAUUGGCAGGAGGCGGGGUACACAUCUGUGCCCCCCCAGGGAAGGGCUCAGUCCUUCAUUCGGACGGCCAUCUCAGACCUGCUGGGGAGCUAUGUGGGGGGGGCCGUGGGUCCGUCCGCCCCCACCGCCUCACCUGCGGGGACCAUGCGAAGCACACAGGUUGUUGGUGGGCGGAGGCAGGCAGAAGCAAAGACUCGGGUUCUAGUGAGAAAACUUCAGCAGGCUGCCAACCCAGCCUCUCUCAACGCCUGCAUCGAGGAGCUGAACAAACACCUCAUCCGCUACCCAGCAUGCACGGUGGUGGCCUGGCAGGAGAAGGCUGCAGCCCUGCUCCUGUCCCGGAGACGUUUCCAUGGAGACGACCAAGAACUUCAAGGUGCCAUAAGGGAGAGCUUGGCCCUGAUUGGCUACGUGGAUUCGGUCAAAGGCCGAGGAAUAAGGAUUCUCUCCAUCGACGGCGGGGGCACAAGAGGGGUGGUUCCGCUGCAGGUGCUGAAGCGCCUGGAGGCUGGCACCGGCAGGCAGGUGCACCAGCUGUUUGACUACAUCUGCGGCGUGAGCACAGGAGCGGUGCUGGCCUUCAUGCUGGGCCUGGUCCGUCUCUCCCUGGAGGAGUGCGAGGAGAUGUACCGUCGUUUCGGCUCGGACGUCUUCCGGCAGAACCCCUUGGUCGGCACCGUGAACAUGGGCUGGUCCCACUCCUACUACAACACGUCCACCUGGGAGGCGCUUCUCAGGGAGAAGAUAGGCAAUAAGGUUCUGAUUAAGACUGCCAGGGAUGAGCUGAGCCCCAAGGUGUCAGCGGUCAGUGCCGUGGUGAACUGGGGCACCACCCCCAAGGCCUUCGUCUUCCGAAACUACAACCACGCUCCGGGACGGCUCAGCCGCUACGCCGGGGCCUCGGGGCACCAGCUGUGGCAGGCCAUCCGCGCCUCGUCCGCCGCCCCCGGGUACUUCCAGGAGUUCCCGCUGCACAGCGACAUACACCAGGACGGGGCGCUCAUUCUCAACAACCCGUGCGCCCUGGCCGUUCACGAGAGCCGCCUGCUCUGGCCCACCCGGCCCUUCCAGUGCGUGCUGUCGCUAGGCACCGGUCGCCACGACAACGUCAAGAAGGGCCCGGUGACCUCUACCAGCCUGCGUUCCAAGAUCAGCAACCUGAUCAGCAGCGCCACAGACACUGAGGGAGUUCACACCCUGCUGGACGACCUGCUGUCGCCCGACACCUACUUCCGCUUCAACCCGACGCUGAGCGCCGGGGUGACGAUGGACGAGUGCCGGCCGGGGGCCCUGGACCUGCUGCGGGCAGACACCCGGCUCUACCUGGACCGGAACCAGCCCAAGGUGGAGCGGCUGUGCAGGGUGCUGGGUCCGGAGCGGGGCGCCCUGCAGCUGGCCGGGGACCGCGUCCGGGAACGGGCCUGGGAGCUCCGGCACCGCUGGGCCUGAGAGCGGAACCAGAACCAGAACCG